UUGUUGUUUUUAUUUUUUAUUUUAGUUUUCCUUACAAGAAUACAUUUUCAUUCCUAUUUAUUUCUUAAAUUAGAUAUUUUACGGUAGUAGAAGUUUUAUUUUGUACAUUCGACCAUGGACGAAACGGCUGGACUUUCUCACGGCCCUCCCUUAAAUAUACUUCCGCCAACUCCAGCAGGCCUCGAAAGCUUGUACACCCUUUGCAGGAAAAUCUACCCCGACCAAGUUAAUCCGUUGCAAGUUACAGCAUUACUAAAAUUUUGGUUGGGAGGCCCAGAUCCGUUAGAUUACGUAUCAAUGUACGCAAAUCCCGGUGUACCUCAAGAGAAUAUUCCUCCCCAUUGGCAUUACAUUAGUUUCGGCUUGUCCGAUUUACACGGAGACGGUAGAGUCCACGAUGUUACCGGACCAGAAGGGCUUUCCGGGUUCGGUUUCGAAUUAACGUUUAGGCUUAAAAGGGAACCCGAGGAAACAGCUCCUCCUACAUGGCCCGCUACACUAAUGCAGUCUUUGGCAAAAUAUGUUUUUCAGUCAGGCAACUCGUUAUGUGCCGGGGACCAUGUUUCAUGGCACUGUGCAUUAGACAACAGCGAAUCUAGAAUGCAGCACAUGUUAAUGACAACAGACCUUCAACUAAAAACUGCCCACACCCCCUUCGGCACCGUAGACUUCAUACAAGUAGUCGGGAUAUGUACCGAGGAAUUAAAGGCUGCACAGCAGUGGAACGGGGCCGGAAUUUUAGAUAUGAUCACUAGGAUUCCUUCGGCGGGCGGAUUGUGGCACAUAACGGAUAUGAGAAGAGGCGAGAGCAUAUUCGAAUUGGACGUGAACGCGCACGAAGAGGUCGAAAGGGGCUUCGAAUUGGAAGGAUCGAAUUUGAGCGGCGUGAGCGCCAGAUGUUCGUGGUCGGAACAGGACUCGGCUACAAUCGUGGCGCAAUUGAAGGAGAUGAACGACGAUCACAUGGCUGAAUUUAGGUUUAAAUCGCCGCUGCAACAAAGUAAUAGGUGUUUGACUGAUUCAGCAGAGUUGAUCCACGUAAAGAAACUGGAAGCGGUUCAUUUGGUUUUUAAUUUGGAAGCGGGUAGUUUGUUGCCGUUAGCAAUAAGGGGGAGAGUGAGACACGGUCGACAUUUUACAUUUAAAUCGGUGUUAGGAGAAACUGCUAUAACUUUAGUGGCACAUUCCGUGACUGGGACAUUAGUAGAAAGUGAGCAUCCUUUCGUUGCUCAGGGAUCCUGGCUGCAAGUGUUGAUUUCCGACGAUUUGGCGCAAGAUAUGGCCGUUACCUUUCAAGUUUUAGCAAACCCCGAGGCGCUGUCUUUACCGAAAACAUUUUCAUGGCCAGAUAAAAAACUCGCAAUCACUAUUGUGGCUGAUAAAGUACAGUAGUGCCAAGUUUAGCCGCAAUUAAAGGUCGAUUUUGAAUAUGUAACUGACGAAUCUAUCUUUAAUAAGCGUAUAAGGUUUGUAUUUAACAUCUAACGUAAGAGACUGAUUAACAAUUAUCGAAUUAGUAAUAUAUUUUAGCAAAUUUAUAAACUAAAAUCCGCCCCAAGUGCUCUGUGUGAUUAUUUUUUUGCAAUAAUUUAUGAGUUUGUGAUAAUACUUACUUUUUUACAUUUAUUCCUUACUUUUUAAUCAGAAUUAGGCUUCGACACAUGCUGUUUUCAAACAUGAGUAAAAAUAAUGUUAAUUAUGUAUACCUAUCCUAUUUAUGUAUUAUUUAUAUUAUUAUUAUUAGUCUUUUCAUAUUACUAGUUGACUUUCUUUAGAUUACUUUUGAAACGUUAGGUAGUUCAUUUAUGUAUGUUUGAUUAAUUCCAUCAAACUUUAAUUUAUAACCAGAAUCUCAAUUUAUAGCCUUGAUCAAAAAAUUAUCUACUCUUGCUAGUUUAUUUAUGUUUAUAAUGGCAACCAACACAGCUAAUUGUAAGUUUCUUUUCAUGGAUUUUUAUAUUUAUUCUUAUCUUACUUGCCUCGUCCGCUAGUAAUUUAUAUACACAAAAAUUGUAUAAUUUGUUUAUUU